ACUACCAUAGCCGUCUACCCCCUUUGCAGCUUCAAACCGUCCGCGCGAGGAACCGUUGAGGACCGUAUAUCAGCGAUCUGCACAGUUCUUAGAAGUCAACACCAUGAACCGCCGAGGAACACCCACAGCGCUCAAGCGCCUUAUGACAGAAUAUAAAGAGUUGACAACAAACCCACCAGAAGGCAUCACUGCCGGGCCAAUAUCCGAAGAUGACUUUUUCAAGUGGGAAGCGCUUAUCGCCGGCCCAGACGACACACCUUACGAAGGCGGCAUAUUCCCAGCUAUCAUCACGUUCCCGAAAGACUAUCCGCUAUCACCGCCCGUCAUGAAGUUUACAUGCAAGAUGUUCCACCCAAAUGUGUACGCAGAUGGAACGGUCUGCAUUUCUAUCCUUCACCCACCAGGGGACGACCCCAACAUGUACGAACAUGCGUCAGAAAGGUGGAGUCCUGUGCAGAGCGUGGAGAAAAUCCUUAUCAGCGUCGUCAGUAUGCUGGCAGAGCCCAAUGACGAGAGUGGCGCCAACAUUGAGGCAUCGAAGAUGUGGAGAUCUGACAGGAAACAGUUCGAGCAGAUUGUCCGGGCCAACACACGGGAAACGUUGGGUCUGUGAGGAAGAGACGGCUGUACAUAGAUUUUGGAUUGUGACAUACGACAGUAUUUGCUGACGUCCAGUUGCGCCUCGAAAGAUGCGUGGCGUUGCCAAUGUGCUGCAUAUUGUGUCCAUACAUUCUGAGCCCGAAAAUGAAGCAUUUAUUCGGCGUAAGUCAGUCCCUAGUCGAGGAAUGAGCUUUCGCGAGCC